GCAGCGACUGGAGCGGAUGCGCUUCAGUCAAUUACACACACACACACACACACACACACACACACACCGCCAUAAUAACAGUAGCUCUCCAUCAGCAUCAGCAAGACAUCCGCAGGGGAAGCAAUAUGGUGAAAUUAGGCAGUAACCUGGUGGACAAGAUGGAGAGACAGCCGUCGGUGGAGGACGGUUUUGACAACAUCCCCCUCAUCACUCCACUGGAGGUCGGCCAGUUACAGCAGCCUUUCCCUGAUAAGGUGAUUGUGAAAACCACAGCAGAGUAUCAGCUGAAGGAGAAGAAGAGGAAGCUAUAUGUGCCGAACAUCAAGAAGCUAAACAUAAACCUUUAUGAUGAGAUGUCAGAGAAGCUCAAGCUGACUGGGUUGAUUAUUAUCACCUUGGCGUUCCUGGCGUGUCUGCUUCUGUUGGUCAUGUAUAAAGCGUUGUGGUACGAUCAGCUCGGCUGCCCUGAGGGCUUCGUUCUCCAGCACAGACACUGCACCCCGUCGGCUCUGGAGAUGUACUACCCUGAGCAGAACUCCAGGGGCAGCUUGUACACCGCCAUGACCCACCUCAACCAGGCCAAGAGGAACAUCCCAGAGCUGUCUCCUCCCUGGCUGCCGGUCAUGAAGGACGAGGUGAACCACUCUGAGAAAUAAGGAGCGAGAAGGGGUCACUGUAUUUUCACUUUAAAGGGUUUAUGAGGAUGGAAUUCAGAUAAUGUUGAUGGUCAAGUCAAUCGGAAGGCGUUUAUGUGUGUAUUUCGUGUUUAAAAUGGGAAUUUGGUGCGAAUAACUAUUUAGGUUAACUGUGACACACACAAAUGUCUUUGAAGUGAAGGUUUCUAGGUUGCUACUUUGUCGACCUUCUGCAAUACAAAUGCUUUCAGAAAUCUACUCCAUACCCGUUUAGAGGAAAUCUAGACUCUGAAGCUCAUCCGUACGCGUUUUAAAUGUCACCAAGCCACUUUUUGAUGGCACGUCUCACUGUGGCAUUGUAGAUUUAGUCGUGCUGCUUGUAAUUCUGCGAAGUUUGUUAGGCGUUAGUUCUCGCUUAUGGUUUCAUUUGAAGUAAUUUAGCUUAGUGUAAUGAAGUGUACGUUGGCUGUGAAUUGUGUUCUAAUGAACUGCAAUGCAACUGAGGAACGAGUGCAUUGGCAAGAAAAAGCAUUCCAAAAACUCUGAUCAUUUUCUCUUAAAUCAACUCUAACUACUGAUUGUUGUCUUAAAGCAACGUGUCUUUGAUUUAAAAGAGAAAAGCGAUUAUUAUACUUUUUUUGUUCAUUUUACUAAAUGAGAAAAUCUGACUUUUGAUCGUAAGGACGAAAUGAUUUGUGCAAAAAAUACAUUUUAUACACAUUUGCAUGCUUAAAAACCAUACCAUAUCCUAGAAUUUAAAUGAAAGAUGUGAAAACCAAGUCAUUUGAAUGUAAACAGGAGUAACGGUAAACUAUUUUUAGGUAUUAGAACAGUCAUUUUUGUGUUUGUUUGUGUGCUGAAACAUUUACACAAAGCACCAGCAGCCAUUUAAAUGUUUAUUAAUGUUGUAGAUUCUUUAAAAAGUUUAAGAAUGUGAAAACACCUCAUGAAGGCGAGUGACCUUUGAAUUGUUUUUGUGUACAUUUAUCACUUCUACAGCAAAUCAGUCCCAGCUGAAUGUAUAAACUUUCAAAAGCAGAUUGAAACAUGUUUCCCCUUUCUGUUGCUGUUUGUUUUAUUUAUUGUGCUUUAUAUUUAUCUAUUGUGAUCUGAUUUUUUUCCCAAUUGCUAAAUGUAAAGUUCUAAUGUGUAUUUAUUUAUGUAUUUCUCUUAUUUAUGUGACUGGUGCUGGAAGGAUGAAUUGAAGUUCUUGUAAGGUGCGGCAGGUGAAAUCAUAAAGCCUGCAGUAUUAGUCAUUUCUGUGUGUGACAAACAUUCAUUCAUCCUCAAUGGAUAAUAACACAAUAAAGGUUUCAGUA